AUGGAGAAGAAGGAGGAGGUGAAGUUUGGAGGAGCGGCCACGUCUCUGCCGGCGGACCUGAGUUGCCUGCGGGGCGGGGGGGGAGCGGAGGGUGAGGCGUCGCUGGCGUCGCUAGAGAAACAGCUGAUCUGUCCCAUCUGCCUGGAGCUCUUCAACAAGCCUGUGGUCAUCCUGCCCUGCCAGCACAACCUCUGCAGGAAGUGUGCCAACGAGCUCUAUCAGCCCUCCCUGUUCCAGGCUCGGACCACCAUGCUGGUGAACAGCGGCCGUUUCCGCUGUCCGUCCUGCAGACACGAAGUGGUGCUGGAUCGCCACGGGGUCUACGGCCUGCAGCGAAACCUGCUGGUGGAGAACAUCAUCGACGUCUACAAACAGGAAGUCAGCAACAGCAACAACGCCACGAGCCCCCUCCCUCCCCCUCCACCUCCCACUCAGGUAACUUGUUCAGACCAUGAGGGUGAGAAGGUGAACAUCUACUGUCUCACCUGUCAGGUUCCCACCUGUUCGCUCUGUAAAGUGUUCGGGGCUCAUCGGUCCUGUCAGGUGGCUCCUCUGGCAGACGUCUAUCAGCAGCAGAAGGACGAGCUGAGUGAAGACGUCAGCUCUCUGCUGGCAGCCAACAAUGAAGUCCAGGCUUUCAUCGAUGAGCUGGAGGAGACCUGCAGAAACAUCGAGGAGAACUGUAAGACUCAGAAACAGAGUGUGUGUGAGACGUUCGCUCGAGUGGUUUCCAUCCUGGACGACAGACGAAAGGCAAUGACACAACGAAUCAGCUCCGAGCAGGAAGAGAAGACAGGCCGCGCCCAGGCGCUGGUGCGUUGCUAUGGAGACAGCGUGGAGGCCAACAACAAACUGGUGGAGCGGGCGGUGAGCAGCAUGGAGGAGCUGGACAUGGCUGCUUUUAUCCAGAAUUCAGGAGAGCUGAUCACAAAAGUGAUUGCAGCGAGCGGCUCCUGUCCGGCAGAGACACUGACACCAGGUUAUGAGAACAUGAGCCACUUCAGCUUUAACUUCAGCAGGCAGGAGGGCGCUCUGAGGAGCAUAGACUUCCUCCGAGUUGUGGAAGAUGUUCCUGAAGAACCAGAUGUGGAACAAGAAGAACCUAAAGAACCCUCAGUCCAGAACAUGGAGCCAAAACCCCAACCAGAAACCCCAGCCCACAACCUGGAACCUGUUCUGGAACCAGUUAAAGAGCCAAUCCCAGCACUGGUAUCCCCUCCAGUGGAACCAGUACAGACAGCUGCACCAGCACCAGUUCCUCCAGCUCCAGGUCUGCAGAGGGUCUCUGUGGAGUCUGCGGGGGCGGUUUUAGAGCCAGACUUACCUGACGGAGGAUCGGGUCAGAUGAAGAACAAGCAGGAGGAGGAGAGGGAGGAGGCGGAGGGAUGUGCAGCUCCUGUUAAAGAAGGAAACAUCUGCGAACAUCAGGAGGGAAUGAGCACACAACAGGCUGUCACUCUGCUCUUCUACCUGCUGGCCAUCCUGGUCAUCCUGCAGAGGGUGUGGGCUUACAUCGGCUGCUUCAUCUGCACAUAACGCCAGCCGGAGACACACCCACCUUCAC